CAUUCCUGCCAGAACAUCAACUGCAUUCUAUCCCCCCAGUUCCAUUUACAACCAAACAUUCAGACUCUGAGAACAGAGAGAAGGCGUAAUGGUUGAGCCUGCUGUUUCCUCCGUGGUUGGGAGCAUCACCAACCUAGCUGUCCAGGAAACCACAUUGCUGUGUGGAGUCACACUUGAAGCCGGGUUCUUGAAAGAUGAACUGCAGCGGCUGCAGGGCUUCCUCCAAGAUGCUAACACCAGGCGGAGAUCGGGGAAUUCAAGUGCCAGUAUAUUGGUCAGCCAGAUCAGGGAUGCUGUGUAUGAAGCUGAGAAUGCCAUCCAAGUUGUGGACUACAUGGAGAAGAGAAACAGGCUCAAGAAGGGCUUCAUGGGGGCAGUUUCAAGGUAUGCUCACUUACCAACUGACCUGAUUACUCUGCAUAAAGCUGGUAAUGAAAUUCAACGCAUAAGAAGGAAGGUUAGAGAGAUAUUUGAAAGUGCAAGGGGUUUGGGAAUCAAUUUGCGAAACACUGAGUUAGGGAAGAGUCAUGUUGAGGAUGAGUUUCCACAAGAUUACGGUCUCGUGCCUCAACAUGAUGAGGAUGUUACUGUUGUUGGUUUUGAGGAUGAGAAAAAAGAAAUAGUUGAGAAACUAGUUGAAAAGGAUAAUAUGCUUAGUGUUGUCUCCAUAGUUGGUAUGGGUGGAGCAGGAAAAACUACACUUGCUAGAAAAAUCAUCACUUUAGAUACAAUCAAACAGCAUUUCGACACAAUUGCUUGGGUGACAGUGUCUCAAAAGUUUAAGGGUGUUGAUUUAUUGAAGGAUAUUAUGAAACAAAUCAUGCGGGGUAGAGACGAAGGCAGAGAAACUGAUCAAAUGCAAGAGUAUGAUUUGGGAAAGAAAAUACAAGAAUUCCUUCGAGACAAAAGAUAUUUAGUUGUGCUUGAUGAUGUGUGGACAACAAGUACAUGGAACCAAAUAAAUAGAAUGGUCAAAGUAUUUCCAGAUGUAAAUAAUGGCAGUAGAGUAAUGUUAACCACCCGAAAGAUUGAUGUUGCUAAUCAUAUUGAAAUGCCAACCUAUGUUCACAAAUUGAAGCUCUUGGAUGCUGAGAAAAGUUGGGAACUUUUUAGUAGCAAAGCUUUGCCAUCAUAUAAAAGGUCUUUGAUACAUAACAUUCAUGAGUUUGAAGAAUUGGGGAGAAAGCUUGCAAGGAAAUGUAAUGGAUUACCACUUGCACUUGCUGUUUUGGGGGGAUAUCUAUCAAAGAAUUUGACUGUAGGAGCAUGGUCGGAUUUAUUAGGUGGUUGGGCAUCAACUGAAAAUGGACAGGUGAUGAGAGAUAUACUAGCUCGAAGUUACAAUGACCUACCAGAUAGUAGUAUAAAAUCUUGCUUCCUCUAUCUUGCGGUCUUCCCAGAGGAUUUCUCCAUAUUUGCAUCGGAGCUUAUUGAGUUAUGGAUCGCUGAAGGCUUCAUUCAGCGUACAUCCAAGCACACAGAGGAAGAAAUAGCACGCAAGUACAUAUAUGAGCUGUCUCAAAGAAGCUUGGUACAAGUUGUUAGCGAAAGCAAGGCACAUGGAUGGAUUGAAGUAAUAAAGAUUCAUGAUAUUUUACAUGACUGGUGCAUAGAAGAAGCGAGAUAUGUUGGUUUCGUUGAUGUCAUUGACAACACUGCAGGCCAUGUCGGUGAAUCAUCUUCGACGACCACCAUGGUAUCCUAUCGUUCAUCUUUUCAAAGCUACCAUGAUGGUAACAUGUCCCCAGCAACACCUAACCUCCGAACUUUGGUUGGCUUUGAACUUUCAUCAUGCUCCCUACCUAAGUUGAGAUUCCUAAGAGUUCUCCAUGUAGAAAAAUCGAACCUACUGAAUUUCAGUAGGGCGAUCAGUGGGUGCAUUUACAUAAGAUAUCUCAGGUUAAAAGAUUGUAAUGAUGUCACGCUCCCUUCUUCAAUUGGACAAUUCCUUUACCUGCAAACUAUAGACCUAACAAACAUCAGAUUCUCUACGGAACCAGCAGUGCCAGUACCAAACUCUAUAUGGGACAUUCCUACUCUAAGGCAUGUUUACCUCGAAAGGAGAUUUCCUGCACCGAAGAACUGUCGUAAAAAGGAGCUCCAUACCUUACAUUAUUAUGGCCCACCUUUAGCUGAUGAGGAUAUUGAAUAUUUUCAGAGCGAGCACAUGGUGUCCUUUUUGGGUCAAAUGUCCCAAUUAAAAGCUCUCUACUUGUACAUGGUACCCUUGCCCGCGGAGAUGAUGCAUUUACUGGCAAACAUGACUUUUCUGGUUGACGUUCACCUUGCUUGGUUCACAGUGCUAGAUAAGUUGAUCGAGAGCCAUCUUUUCCCGCAAGGCCUACGAAAGCUUUAUUUAAGGGCCGAAGCCAUUAAAGAAGACCCGAUGCCGAUUCUGGAGAAGCUUCCCUGCCUGGUGGUGCUUAAAUUACACUAG